UGCUUCUCUCUGGCCUUUACGGUCUGUCCUUAUCCAGCCAUGUCCAACCCAGCUGUCCGUCUGGCAUCUAUUGCCCUUCACCUACAGUCAACCGGAGCCAGUCGCUCUGGUGGAGCCGGUCAUUCGUUCGAAGUUAGCCCGCGACCAGAGCUGAACCAGCCGAUGGCAGAUAUCCUACGCGAGAGAAAAAAUGCCUCGUUUGAUGUGAAUCUCAUGCAGACAUAUUUAAACGGAGGGAAGGAAUACACCCAGGCAAAGGAAAUCGCGUAUCAGAUCAUCCGACGCGAUCCAAUUCUCUUGUUCGAUGGAGGAAACGACUACGAUCUUACGCGACCGGAAGCGCGAGAGAAAAGUAUGGCACAAGUCCGCCGGUUUGUGGAAAUAUACCAUAGCCUGAAGAACCCCAUUCAACAGAAGGCAUUUGAGGUCGUUCUAUCGUCCUACUCAGAGUCCUUUGGAAUGCGUCUCUAUGUGCAUCAUAUGCUAUUCAGAAACUCUAUCAAGAUGUUUGCGAGUGAGGAGCAAAAGAAAAAGACGACAUGGGUGAAAGAUAUCGACGACUUUAGCGUGCUGGGGUGCUUUGCCAUGACGGAGCUCGGUCAUAGCUCGUCCCUUCGAGAUCUGGAAGCCACUGCGACUUUUGAUCACGCUACAGAUUCGUUCAUUCUCCACAGCCCGACAUUAACCAGCACGAAAUGGUGGAUCGGGAUGUCUGGCCAGGCUGCUACACAUACGGUAUUCCUAGCCCAAACGAUCGUCAAAGGCAAAAACUGUGGUCUCAACUGGUUUAUGGUCCCUCUUCGCGAUCGGCAUACUGGGAGGUUGUUUCCCGGAGUAACCUGCGGAGAUAUUGGAGCGAAAGCAGGGCGACAUGGACUUGACAACGGAUGGAUCCAGUUGACGCAAGUGCGAAUCCCAAGAGAAAACAUGCUGAUGCGCUGGUCGCAGAUCGAUCGUGAAGGGAAUAUAAGCGAACCUCCAAACCAGGCUCUUGUAUAUGCCACACUUAUCGCAGAGCGUCUCUGUACAGUUGAUGGGACAAAUAAUCUCUGUGGACAAGCCCUGACAAUUGCCACGAGAUAUAGUUGUGCACGACGCCAGGGAACUAGCAACCAGCAGAUUAUGGACUAUCAAACACAUUAUGUCAAUUUGAUGCCCGGAGUUGCCGGAAUGUAUGUCUUGUCGCUGGUGGAUCGUUGUCUCUGGGCGUACUGGGAUCGCAUGGAGGAACUGUCUCGUACAAACACCGAGGAAUAUUUGCAGUACCUAAAUGACAUCCAUUGCGUCGCCGCGGGUGCAAAAGCUUCCAUUACUUGGUGGGGUUCUGAAAUACUCGAACGAUGCCGAAGAGCGAUGGGUGGACAUGGGUUUAGCGCGUACAGUGGGAUUCCGUCUAUUAUCGGCGACUGGGGAGUAUUUACAACAGGCGGCGGGGACAACUUUCCUCUGGCGCAACAAACCGCGCGAUAUGUGCUUAAUUGCGUCAACAGAUCAAUGCAAGGAAAGCCCAACUUUGGAAGUGCCGAGUACCUCAAGGAUAUCAAGGCCAUCCUCGAGUUUAAUGUGUGCCCAGCCGAUUCAUCCGCCGCGUGGUUGGAUUUGCCUUUACUGCAAAGACUCUUUGCGUCUUUGACCGUCAAGCUGGCUAUGAGAAUUGGACAGCGCUUGGCACCGGUUGCUAAGAAGGGCCAAGAUAAAGUCGAAGCUGUGUGGAACGAGCAUCAGCUUGACGUUCUGCGCCUCAGCCACCUCCACACCAUCCACUACCUGCUUUCCCUCUUCACAUCCAGCGUCAGCUCGCUUGGAUCCGAAUACACUAGCUUGAAACCCAUCUUGACAAAAGUCGGGCUUACAUGGGCGUUGGACAUGGCUGUCCGUGACCUGGAUUUGAUGUUGGAGGAAGGGUUUGUUACCGCUGCCCAAGCACAGAAUUUGAGAGUGGCGAGAAAUGGAAUCUGCAAGGAGCUGAGAAACGAUGUUAUUCCCUUAAUGGAUGCAUUUGGAAGACCGGAUUUCCUCUUGAAGAGCCCCUUGGGACGGUACGAUGGAGAUAUUUACAACGCCUACUUUGACACUGUUACUAGAGCUCCCAACUGCUAUGGCCCUGCCAAUUACUGGAGUACGGAAGUGGAACCGCUCCUUACACGGGUCCGACCUUGAUGUCUAUUAUAGAGAUGACUUUUGGGGGGAAAUUUUGUAAACAAGGGAUAAGAAGGACUGCUAAUCCUAAAUACUUGUAAAAUGGUAAAUGUCUAUGCCAGCAACCAUUGGGUAUUCCCUACAA